CCAGACACGAGAGGCAGCCACCCGACGCUCCGUCGACCCUCUCUAUACUUUCCAUCCAGAGCACGUCGUCUUUAUAGCUUCAGUUUCGAGCGGCGGCGCGGCCGAUCGAGCGAGAGCGGUCGACGGAGAUGGCUGGUUCAAGGGCGUCGUCGCCAAUCGUGGUCAUUUCGGACGACGAGGAGAAGAGCCCGCGGGUGUCGCCGCCGGUUGCCGCCGCGGUCGUCCCCGAAGCCGAGUAUGAGUGGCCGCCGACGGCGGGGUGGUCCGAAGACGAAGACGAAGAUGUCCCGAGGCCGGACUGGCUCCCCGACGGCUUCGGCAUGGAGGGCUACAAACAAGACGACGGCACGUUCCAGGCGACGAACUUCAUCUGCCCCGUGACCGGCUUCAGUUUCAGCACCAAGAAUGAGGUGCUCGAUUAUUGCGUCUCCGGGGGCCUGCAGCGCGCCAUCGAAGCAAAGAACACGCUCGACGACAAGACCACGCUGCAGGGGAAGUACGCAUGGCUCAGGGGGGAUCACAAGUGGCUGCUCGAGAUCAGGGCUUCAGGGGAGAACGGGAGAAUUCCGAGAAAGAUGUACAAGGUUUAUGCUCACCCGUCUUCCAAAGUGAGGAUUGCAUCAAAAGCUGAAGUGAUGCGCCUCAUAGAUGAGGGCAAGCUCCCUGAUGAAUCUGCCAAUGAUGGGGACUGCAACGAUAUAAGCAACAAAGAUAAUAUCAUUGCUCAACUUGAUUUCAACGUCUCGUCUCUUCCACCAGGAUGGGUUAAGGAAACUACAUUUAAGAAAUGCAGUUAUGGCAUUAGGACAGAUAGGUACUUUACGGAUCCUGUGACAAAAAAGGUGUUCCGCUCAAUGAAGGCUGCGGAACAAUACUUUAAGUACAAAGAAAUAAUGGACUGUUACAAACCAACCAUGAGUGUCACCGACUUGUACUCCUUUGAUGGGUACAUGGAUAUGCCUCUUUGGUUAGCAAGAAGACUGAAAAUGGAUGGAAAUAAAGACCAAUGUGAUGAAGAAUGCCAGACUUCAUGUCAGACAAUGAUGCCUCAUGGUGGUGGCAAAGAGGACAUGGAUGAACCAGGGGCACUCCCUGGCAGUGACAAGGUAGGAGUGAAUAGAGAACUAAUGCCCUAUGGUGAUGGCAUGGAAGGUGGAUGGCGCUCUCGUUCACUUACAGAGUUGUACUCAUCACAAAAUGAAAAAGGCAACUUGAAGAGAAAGAGAAAGAAAAAGGAUAGACUAGUGUAGAGUGGGAGAAGUGAGAAUGUUGUCUUGAUUUUAGUUACCCAUAAUCUCAAUGUGUUAACUUGAGAUUUACCAAUUUCCUCACAUUCAUUUAAUCUUUUUUAUUAA